AUGAUGGUGGCCAUGGCCGCACACCUUCAUCUUCAAGGGAUAUGCAUCUUCCCGUACAUAGACGACUGGUUGCUGGUAGUGGGUUCAGAGUCCAUCUUCCUCUGCCACAUCGACCUUGCCCUGGAGUCCCUGAACAAGUUGGGGCUCUGCGUGAAUCACAAGAAGUUGAUGCUUCACCCAUCCCAGACUGUCCAGUUCAUUGACAUGAUCCUGGACUCCAGAGAGGACUUGGUGCUCUACCACGAUAUCCUGCAUCUCAAGCUCACGGCAUGGAAGAUCAUAGGCUUUUUCUCUGAUUCUUCUUACAGGCAACAAAUCCAAGCUCUUCUAGGACGAUUUAGUCAAGCAGAAGCCUUGUUAACUUCUGCAGGAGUGCAACAAGGGGGUCUGGACGGAGUUCUUUUGGAUGCUGGUUGCUCUUCUAUGCAACUGGAUACUCCAGAAAGAGGUUUUUCCUUGCGAAAAGAUGGCCCUUUGGACAUGAGGAUGGAUGGUGGCAGGUAUCCUGACAUGCCCACCGCUGCUGAUGUUGUGAAUGCUUUAGAUCAACAGGCACUUGCGUCCAUCCUGAGAACAUAUGGGGAGGAGAUGCACGCCAAGAAAAUAGCUUCAGCGAUUGUUCAGGCACGCAGCAUAUACCCCAUCACCAGAACUCAGCAGCUUGCCAGCAUUGUUGCAGGUGCUUUCUCUGAAGCAGCUUUAUAUGCUCGAAAAGACUUACUUCAAAGACCAACACAUGUUGCUACCAAAACUUUCCAAGCAUUGCGCAUAUUUGUGAACAAUGAACUGCAUGAGCUCCUUGCAGGAUUAAAGGUAGCUGAGAAGUUUCUUAAACCUGGAGGUCGACUUGUAGCACUUUCCUUCCAUUCUUUAGAGGAUCGUAUCAUCAAGCGAUUUCUUUAUGGAAUAGAUAAUUCAGAAAAAUUUAACCUCAAUGUAAGGCAGAAGAUAAGGCAAAUGGGAAAGAAUUCUUUUGAAAAAGAGGUGAGUAAUGACUUGCCCACAGAUGAUGUUAAGUCAAGAUGGACUGCUAUAAGAAAAAAAGUCCUUACUCCCCAGGCUAAGGAUAAUGAUGAAAAUCCAAGAGGGCGCUCAGCAAAGCUAAGAGGAGCUUUCAAAUUGUAA